AUGGCAGCACCCAUCAAUGUCUUGAUGAUUGGUACUGGCGAGUACACCACUGGCUUCGUCGGCACCGGUGGCUCGGCCUCGGACAAAAAGGUUGGCGUCGUCGGCCUCACCCUUUUUGACCUCCGCCGUCGCGGCAAGGUUGGGAAGCUGGGCAUGGUUGGCGUCAACGGCACCAAGUUCCCCGCCAUUCGCGAGCAUCUUGACAAGAACAUUACUCAAGUCUACAACGGCCUGGACACCUCGUUUGACUCAUUUCCGGCCAACGAUCAAAAAGACCCCGACGCUUACAAGGCCGCCAUUGAUGGCCUCAAGCCCGGCGAUGCCAUCACCAUCUUCACCCCGGACCCGACGCACUUUCCCAUUGCUCUCUAUGCUAUUGAGCGCGGCAUCCACGUCCUCAUCACCAAGCCCGCCGUCAAGCUUCUUGAGCACCACCAGGAGCUGAUUCGACGCGCCGACGAGAGAGGCGUCUACGUCUUCAUUGAGCACCACAAGCGUUUCGACCCGGCCUACUCGGAUGCCCGAUUCAAGGCCAAGACGCUCGGCGACUUCAACUACUGGUACUCGUACAUGUCGCAGCCCAAGUACCAGCUCGACACCUUCAAGUCGUGGGCCGGCAAGGAGUCGGACAUUUCCUACUACCUCAACAGCCACCACGUCGACAUUUGCGACUCCAUGGUCCAGGACCGCUACGUGCCCGUCAAGGUCUCGGCGUCAUCGUCCAAGGGCGUCGCCGUCGCCCGCGGCUGCGUCGACGAGACCGAGGACACCAUCUCGGUGCUCGUCACCUGGGCGAAAAAGGACGACCCCAGCAAGCGCGCCGUCGGCGUCUACACCUCGUCCUGGACGGCCCCCGAGCGUGCCGGCGUCCACACCAACCAGUACUUUCACUACCUGGCCGCCGACGGCGAGAUUCGCGUCGACCAGGCGCACCGCGGCUACGACAUUGCCGAUGACAAGGCCGGCCAGCUGCAGUGGUUCAAUCCUUUUUACAUGCGCUACGCUCCGGACGAGGAUGGAAACUUCAACGGCCAGACGGGCUACGGCUACAUUUCCCUUGAAAAGUUUGUCGACGGCUGCCGCGCGGUCAACGAGGGCCGCCUGAAGCCGGCGGACCUCGAUGCCAAGGGACUGCCGACGCUGCGCAACACAAUUGCGACGACUGCGAUUCUGCAUGCUGGCCGCAAGAGUAUUGACGAGAGCCGUGAGAUUGGCAUCGUUGUUGAAGAUGGUGUGUGGAAGCUGGUAUAA